CUCGAGAUUCCGUCCACGCCAUUGCAUCGCUCGCGCGGCACACGGUCCAGCAACGACCUGAGCUGAGAGCGCCUGUGCGCCACAGGAAGCUUCUCCGCAUAGAAGCUUCUCUGCAUCGAGGCAGCUAGGCUAGCGUGCCAUGACGUCCACCGUGACCACGCCAAGCCGGCCGCUCGCCGCCGGGUGCCGCCGCGCGGCCGGGCCGCUGCGGUCCGGUCCCGCCGUGCUCUCGCUCAAGGGCCCGCGGCGGAGGGCGCCGUCCACGAGCUGCUCGGCGGUCGCGUCGCCCGCGAAGCAGCGCGCGGCGGCCAAGCUCCCCCCGCCGCAGCGGCCGUCGAGGGCCGCGGCGGCGGAGGAGGAGGAGAAGGGGGUGAGGACGGACUACAACGAGGUGGCGGCCGCGCUGGAGAACAUCUACAAGCUCAGCCCCGCCGUGGUUGAGGAGAAGCACGGCGACGACGAGGGCAAGAAGAAGGACAGGAAGAAGAGGAAGGGCGGAGUGGGCAGGAGCACUGUGAUCGUGAGGAGCCGGCGGAGGAGGCGCGGGAGUAGGAUGGACCUGGGGAAGAGGGUGGAGAUGAAGAGCAGGGAGGGCGACGCCGGCGGCAAGCAGGACGAGGAGCGGGGGUUCGAGGAGAUGCUGCUCCGGGAGCACUCGGUGUCCACGGACAUGGGCAGCCUCGACUGGAAGCGCAUGAAGAUCCCGCCGGUGCUCAGCUCCGCGCAGAGCGCGCGCCUCUUCAAGACUAUGCAGCCCAUGAAGGCGAUCUUCGAAGUGCAAGAGAGCUUGCGGGAGGACUUGCAGAGGGAUCCGACCGACGCCGAGCUCGCGGAGACCACCGGCAUGACCGUCCAGCAGCUGCGCCGCCGCCUCGACGUCGGCCGGGCCGCCAGGAACAAGCUCAUCAAGCACAACCUGCGUCUGGUGCUGUACGCCAUCAACAAGUACUACCCGGACAUGGCGAGCGACGAGAGGUUCGACGACCUCUGCCAGGCCGGCGCCAAUGGCCUCAUCACCGCCAUCGACCGGUUCGAGCCCAAGCGCGGCUUCCGCAUCUCGACCUACGCGCUCUUCUGGAUCCGCCACUCCAUCGUCCGCGCCAUGACGCUCUCCAACUUCACGCGCUUCCCGUUCGCCAUGGAAUCGGAGAGGCAGGAGAUCAACAAGGCUCGGGAGGAGCUGGCGUUCGAGCUCGGGAGGGCGCCCACGGAGGAGGAGGUGAUCGGGAGGGUGGGGAUCUCCCAGGAGAGGUACCGCGACGUGCUGAGGAUGACGCGGCCCACCUACUCGCUGCACUCGCGGAACCGAGUGACGCAGGAGGAGCUCAUCAACGAGGUCACCGACGACGACGCCAUCGGGGUCGACGCCGGCAAGCACAACACGCUGCUCCGCCUGGCCAUCGACGACCUCCUGGACUCGCUGAAGCCCAAGGAGAGCCUGGUGAUCCGGCAGCGGUUCGGGCUGGACGGCCGGGGGAAGCGCACGCUCAGCGAGAUCGCCGGCAACCUCAACAUCUCCCGGGAGAUGGUCCGCAAGUACGAGCUCAAGGCCCUGAUGAAGCUCAAGCACCCCACGCGGGUGGACUACCUGCGCAGGUACAUGUGAGCUUAGCAUCACGCAUUGCAUGCCGGUGUACAGCAUGUUCUAGUAGCAGUACUAAAAGAAGAAAACAGAGUGGUGCCUCUGCUGUAUAUAUUUCUACCCCUCCGCUACUCUGUCUGCACUGCACAGUGCACACUAUAGACUGCAGAGUUCAUCCAUCACUGCGCUGGAAUCUGUCCGUGUUGUAAUAGAAGACAUGUACAUAUACAGGGACGGUGUGUGUGGGAGUGGGAGUCCUGAUGAGAAGUGAGUUCAUUCGGGUGAGGUUGUAUUGCAGACCUCGCAUGUAAUUCUUACCAUACAUUAUAUUGUAUAUGGAUAUGGUACAUGAUGCAAGGAA